ACCCAUCUUACGUGUAGAUAGUGCCGAGGAAGCGAUCGAUUCCAUUCUAAAACGAGAAAAACCACUAGCUAUGUAUGCAUUCACACAUGAUAGACACGUACAAGACAUGUUUAUGAACGUAUCUGCAGGCAGUCUCCAGUUCAAUGAUACCAUUACAUUCAUGCUGAACGAGAAUCUUCCUUUUGGAGGGGUAGGGAAUUCAGGCAGCGGUAAGUACCAUGGUUACCAAGGGUUUGUAGAGUUCAGUCACAUGAAGUCUAUUAUGAUCAACUCGAAUCUGAACGACUUAAAGGCGCGCUUCUCACCCCAAACAAACGUCGACAUGGCUGUGAUGAAGCUCGCACAUCGCCAUAUUCCUGCGGUUGUCGUGAGCAGUCUAAACCAAAUGCACUACUUUGCUUUCAUAACCGUCGCAGUUGGUGCUGCGGCCUUCAUGCUUGGGAAAUAUAUAUGA